AUGGAGGCCAUCAGCAACAUGGCCACUGACGCUGCCCGGGCUGUUUGGGGAGACAGCACACACGGCAAGGAACCCAUAUCUGGUGCCCAGGGCAAUGUACCCAGGGGCGAACCCUUUGACGCCGGCAACCUGAGUGAUGCAGCUCAGCAAGAAAGACUUGACAGGACGGUUGGGAACCCCUCGUCCACUCACCCAGCCUCGACGCAGAAUGAAAGGCUGGACGACGAUGCCUCAUCCCCCAACUACCGCCACGACUCCGGCAUGUUGUUUUCUGGAGGAAAUGGCCAGGAGCAAUUUGACAAGACACCUGAAACUCCCUUGCACAAACCCAGCCAUAGCUCGACGGGAGACCAAGGGCUGGAUGCUACCGCCGCCUCUUCGAACCGGACACGUCAUGGCGCAGAGAAUCAUUCUUUGCCAACUGACAGGGAGGGACAAGCUGUGAUCGGCCCCUCUGAACAAACAUCUCACAACAGCAAGGAAGAAUCCUUAGGAGGGGCCGGGGUUGCCGCCUCAUCUGGUAAACUCCCUGGCGAUGUCGAAAAAGAAACAUCAGCAAGCGACAAGGUUGCCGCCUCCUCUGAUCGACUCCCCGGCGACGCCGAGAAGGAGACUUCACCCUCCGACUAUGCCAAGGAAAAGUCCUCUAAGAAGAAGGAUUCAGGAGUGGGCGAAGCAGAGGGGGAUCCGGAAACGAGUGUCAUGGGCGAAGGACCGAAGUCUCUCGCCGACGUUGCCAAGGACAAUGGCGGUGAUGCUGGUAACAGUGGUGAUGCAGCCAAAAAAGAUGCCGACAACUCUACAUCCGAAGCUGGUGGUUCGGACGGUAAGGAAAAGAACAACGAAACCAAGGGCACUGGGGAGCAAUACGUCCGGACAACUGGCCUCGCGGCCGAUGGCGGCGACUUUGAUGCCACCAAGCCCGGCGCCGGCAAAGAGGCUGAUCGUUUGAUGGAAGAAAAGGGCAUGUCCCAUGAAGGUGGCGACAACAAAGGCGGGAAGAAGACAGGAGGUGGUGAUGGUGACAAGCCCAGUUUAGGUGAACGUAUCAAAAAUAAGCUGCACAAGCAUUAG